ACGAGUGAGACGGCUACCGGAGACGGAGGACGUGGAGACCGGCAGCGGCAGAGCAAGCAAGCUGAUGGCGAUGGCCGCGCCGGCAGACGAAAUGAUCGCCAGGAUGAUGGCCAGCGACUGCGAGCUAUCCGAGGAAGAGAUGGAGGACCUGCGCGCCGCCAUGGCGGAUGAGGCGGCUACCAGAGAUGUGUGGCGGCGGCGGCGGCGGCGGAGGAAGCAGCAGCAGGCGGUGGACAUGCGCGCGCUGCUGGUCCACUGCGCGCAGGCGGUGGACGACCGCCGCGGCGCGCGCGAGCUGCUCCGGCAGGUGAGGCAGCACGCGUCGCCCACGGGGGACGCCACGCAGCGCCUGGCGCACUGCCUCGCCGAGGCGCUGGAGGCGCGUCUCGCCGGCACGGGGUCGGGGAGCCCGUUGCUCAUGGCGACGCCGACGACCAACCGCGCCGAGUUCCUCAAGGCCUACCGCAUCUUCGUGGCCACCUGCUGCUUCGAGAAGGUGGCCUUCAUGUUCGCCAACCUGACCAUCUGCCGCGCCGCCGCAGGGAGGGCCCGGCUGCACGUCGUGGACUACGGCCUCCACCUGGGGUUCCAGUGGCCGGGCCUGCUGCGGUGGCUGGCGGCCAGGGACGGCGGCCCGCCGGAGGUGACCAUCACCUUCAUCGACCUGCCCCAGCCGGGGUUCCGGCCAGCCGGACGCAUCGAGGAGACCGGCCGCAGCCUGAGCAACUACGCCCGCGACAUCGGCGUGCCGUUCAAGUUCCGUGCGAUCGCGGCGGCGAGGUGGGACGCCAUCGGCGCCGAGGAGCUGGGCCUGGGCGUCGCCGUCGACGACCCCGGCGCGGUCGUCGUCGUGAACAGCCUCUUCAAGCUCGAGACGCUGGCCGACGACAGCGUGGUGGUGGACUGCCCGAGCCCUAGAGACCGGGUCCUCGGCGGCAUCCGCGGGAUGCGGCCGGCCGUGUUCACCCACGGCGUCGUGCACGGCUUCCACGGCAGCUCCUUCCCGACGCGGUUCCGGGAGGCGCUCUUCUACUACUCGGCCGUGUUCGACGUGCUGGACGCGACGAUGCCGCGGGGCAGCGAGCUCCGGCGGGUGCUGGAGCGGGACGUGCUGGGGCCGUGCGCGCUCAACGUCAUCGCCUGCGAGGGCCGCGACCGGACCGACCGCUUCGACUCCUACAAGCAAUGGCAGCUCAGGAGCCGACGCGCCGGCCUCCGGCUGCUGCCCUUGGACAGGGAGGUCGUCGGCGAGGUUAGGGACGACGUCAGAAAGCACCGGUACCACAGGGACUUCGUGAUCAGCGAGGACCACGGCUGGCUGCUGCAGGGGUGGAAGGGACGCGUCCUCUACGCUCACGCAAACUGGGUUGCAGAUGACGACGACCACACCCUCACAUCUCGUCCCUGAAUAUACUCUACUAGCACAGUUCUGGUCUUUUUCCUCCUUUUCAAGAGAAAACUGAAUCAAGUAAAAAAAAAUGUGCACA